AGCAGUAAUUUUAAGGUAUUUACUGGGUAGGAAGAGAGUAUUCGUGUGCUGUAGUAGACUGCCGAUCUUUGAGUACAUACAUAUACGGGAACACAGUGUAGUACCUCUUUAUCGGGUUUUGCUGUAAAUUUGCACGAAACACGUGCCAGGAGUUCCAUAUAAAAGGAACUUUAUCUUGUAAAAUAAAUGCAACGUGCACCGUAGGUCAUGAAACAAACCCGUUCCCCUUUAAAGUGAUGCCAGACUUUUUCGGUGUGCUUAUUAUACAUGACUUACGGUAGUAGGUGUCCCUUAAUUUUUAUUUCCGAAGGCGAGGUUUAAAGGAGCGAGUGUUUGAUACACUUUUCGUGUUUUGUCCAAUAGCAAAUGAUUCUGAAUUGACAGUUAUAUUAUUACCUUACGGUUACCUUGAUGGUUAUCAAACUGUUUGCUGUCCACUUCAGUUGUGGAAGAGUGGGUAACACCGCGAGCAGGCUGUUCCACAAUUUUACCACGUCUGGGAAUUGUACUAAGCUCUUCUCUAAGAGAAUUAGAAGUAUGACCAGUCUACAAGGUGGGCAGAAGCCCUUGAUAGCAGUGUGCCAGAUGACUGCCACAGAUGACAAGGAGAAGAACUUUGCCACUUGUGUACAUCUGAUAAAUAAAGCACAUCAGAGGGGAGCUAGUGCAGUGUUCCUACCGGAGGGAUUUGACUACAUUGGCACUAGCACAGAACAGACACUCAGCCUCGCCGAGCCAUUGGAGGGUGACCUUAUCCAGCACUACAGCAAGCUUGCCAGGGACUUGAGGCUCUGGCUAUUUCUUGGAGGAUUCCAUGAAAAGGGACCCAACUGGAAGGAGGACCACCGAGUGUAUAAUUCUCAUGUAGUGAUAGAUGAUACAGGGUGCACUGCGUCUGUGUACAGGAAGACUCAUCUAUUUGAUAUCAGCCUUCAUAAUGGUGUUUCGCUGAAAGAAAGCAACUUCACUAUCUCUGGCCCUGCUCUUGUACCUCCAGUUAGCACACCUGUAGGAAAGGUAGGCCUGGCUGUCUGUUAUGACCUGCGCUUUCCAGAGCUGUCAUUAGCACUUAGGCAGGGAGGAGCAGAGAUUCUCACCUUCCCAUCAGCUUUCACUGUCACCACUGGCCAAGCCCAUUGGGAGGUUCUGCUAAGGGCUCGUGCUAUCGAAACUCAGUGCUAUGUCGUAGCUGCCGCACAAACUGGGAAGCACAAUGAAAGGCGAGCAUCUUAUGGGCACUCUUUGGUGGUGGAUCCUUGGGGAACUGUAGUGGCACAAUGUUCAGAGGGUACCAAUCUAUGUUAUGCUGAAAUUGACCUACCUUCUCUCCAUCGUGUCCGCCUUGAAAUGCCUGUGGCGAAUCACAGACGUAGUGACCUUUAUGGAACAAUUUCAUCCUCAAACACUUCUUAAGUGAAUUCAAGAUUUGCACUGUACCAGAUGUGAAGAAAUGGAUGAUGUAUGUGAAAAGUUACUUGUGUUUUCACGUUUAAUUGUGACACAGGGGAUGCCCCAAGCUGCAUUACUGAGUGUAAUUUGCUCAUUUACUGUAUAAGGUUAUGCCUUCUUUGGAGAUUGUAGGAGCCACUUUGCAGAACACUGAUUUGGAUCAGAACCUCUGAUCGAACUGUGCAUAGAAGAUCCAUUGGUGUAUUGGGGGUGGUGAAUACUUAUCACUACUUGCUGUAGGAUCUGAAUUCAGUGCCAAGUUUGCUUCUGCCUUACACAAAUAUGAACAACAGUGAUGCAAGUUGUGUUAGCAUAUUUCUUAAUUUGUUUCUUCCCUGCCACACUAGUUGCACAGAAUAAUCUAAAGCAAAUUAGAAUUUCUUAGCUACCUUGAUCAUUUUUAGCAUGGCAGAAUAUUCAGACCCUAACUCUUCUUUAAUAAUGCAGAAACAAGUACUCAACAAACCAGUAACUGAAACCAAAGACCUAUUAAGGCUUCAGAACUUGAUUGGGGGAGAGGAGUCCAGUAUCACAUGAAAGUCUAGUGGCACUUCCUGUUGCCCCUGACAACGUCUUUUACUCCGUCUACCAGAAAGGUAGACCAGUUUUACUGGCAUAAAUUAGUGGUUCACUGUUUAGAAUACCUUUAACAUAGUCCUGAUUCCUUGGAGUGUUUGGCAGCACUAAUGCCAGGAAAAGCAUACUUGUGAACACUUGUGUGCUCACAAGCCACAUAUAUCAAUCUACAUAAUGCAAAGGCACAGAAAAGUGAUGAGGGUGGCAGUUCAUUAAUACUUGUGAACACUUGUGUGCUCACAAGCCACAUACAUCAAUCUACAUAAUGCAAAGGCACAGAAAAGUGAUGAGGGUGGCAGUUCAUUAAUAUUUGUUGCCCACAAUGCAUGCUAAUGAGAAGCAGAGGUUAAGUUAUACCCUCAAUGCACUGCACUCCUCAGUAACUGCCGCAGUGCAGAAUUUAGCAGAAAAGUACAAUAACCAUAACUAGAAUGUUUUCCUGAGAAAAUAGGACACUGUACAGGCAGCAUAGCUAGCUGGGCAAACAGGCAUCCCAAGAGAGACCAUAACACAUAGGGGACCCCUGCAGCAUAUAGUGGAAAUUCAGGGCAAUCAACCAAGGUGGUGGCAUAGAGCAUAAAGGAAGAGAUGCAGGGCAUGUUGCUUGAACUGUGUGAGGGUUUAGAACAGCCUCAAAGUACCAGUCAGGGAAUGGUAGCCAUUUGUAUCAUGGAGGUAGUCCAAAUAACCAUAUUGUUGAAAGCUGGGAUCUGGAUGUGGAGUCUGACGAAGAAGCUGCCUUUUCAGGUUAGCCAUACAUAUCACCCUGGGGAAGAUGUGUAACACUGUCACCACAAAGCAUGGGAGGCCACAGCAUAGGCAAUUUUUACUAUGGGGGGGGGGGAUGUAGCCUUGUGGCAAGAAACACUAUAACUGUGUCAUGAAGAAACUCAUGCACAGUAAAGGCAGGAUAGUCUAUUUUUAGGCAGCACUGAACAUGCUGGUCAGUAAGCCGUAUCCAAAUCACUGGUAAGCUGUAGAGACUAUCCAUAAGUACACAUCUAGGGGAGGCAGUGUGUCUGUCAAGGUAAAGCUCUAAAGCAUGCAAUAAAUCAUAUUUGGGGGGGGGGGGGCUUAGAAUGGCUGGUGAAAGGCUUCCAUGUAAAACCCAAGAAUCUGUCCCUCAGUGUAUGUGGCCUCAAGAGCUUAGUAACCCGAGAAGAGAGCAUCAUACUCACAACCAUGGAACACUGCAGGCCGUGAAGGCUGCCAAAUACUGACUAGUGGAUAGCUACUUCCAAACUGUCCUUUUGCAUGCAACUGCAGCUUUAGUCAAUCCAGCUACCAUGGGGGUGGGGGACUAUGACAACAUUCUGACUUGGCAGAUGUAGGCAGCUUACAGGGCUCUCCUGGAGUGGGCAAAUAAUAAGAACAUCACCCUCGACUCAGAUAUAUGAUUCCAAUAGGAGUGUGUCAAGUACUAACCACUCAGAUUUUGUGUUCACAGUUGCCAAGGGGUUACCAGUUCACCUCAAAUAAAUCCUGCUGUGGAAGAGUUAGAGGUAUAGCCUUUCACAUAUUCAGCCAUGACAGUGCCAUUAGAAAGUGCUCUAACCUGCUAUAUCUCCAUCCCACAAAAAUAAAGUGCUGUGGCUGACAUAUGAGAGAGGGUUUGCGAAUAAUUCACUGAAAGUUUUGUUUUCAGCAACACUUGUGUAAAAGGAGGCAGAGCUGGAACUAUGCUGCUCUACAGUCUGAUACCCCUCAACUCUAAGAUGAGGAGCAAAAAAAAAAAAAACAUUAAAAGCCUGAUCCCCAGUCUAGCAGGACUUAGUGAGGUCUGUUCUUCCUUGCUUUACACCCCCAAUCAGAAAUGGGGGUAUUUUCUACUUUGUAAAUCUGUAACAAACCACUAGCUGUAUCAUACCACACAUGAACAGGGAGCUGUUAUGCGCAUCAGUAAAAGCAGCAUCAGAAUUCAUUCCCAUACUGGCAUUCAGAAAUGCUACUAUUGUACUACCAAACAAAUGGCAUUUGCCAAUUGCACCCCUAACAACUUGCAUCUUGGACAGCUGCCCCAUUCCAGCAGUGCUUCAAAAGUAGGUAUAAACCUAUAUUUCCCCCCUUUCUGAUGUGUCAUCUUUUUAGCCAUUUCUUUCCCCUGACACAAAAUAAAACAGGCUGGCGUAACCGCUUAAAGACUGUCCUGGGGAGGACAAUCCUAUCUGCUGGUAGGAUGCUGCACUUCUUACAGAUGGAGCAGAACAUGACAAUUAGCCAUGCAGCUGAUCAGCAAAUGGUCAUUCCCAUCCCCAGGAGAACAGAAGGAAUGAUGGAUAGGGUGGCCGGUCUGCUGUUGUGGCAGAAUUCUACAGCAUCAGUGAGUUCCAAGAUGCAGUGGCCAUUUCCCUUUGUGAUAGCAGCAUACGCCACAGUGUGCUGCCCUUGGCUAUUGUAUUGCUUGGAUAUGUGAGAUUGCAUAGGUAUUCCUUGCCAGCCUGCACACACUAAUGUACGUAUCAUAGUCCACCUGACUAUCCAGCUGUAUGAUCACAGAGUCGUACAAAAUACAAGACAGCUGGGCAUUUUAUGCCUUACCAGUGCCCACCCUCAGAUCUUGCUUCACUUUUACAAUGAGAGCUAGAUCAGUCAUUCUAGGGGUGAAUUUGUGAUUACCCUUCCAGGUGUAUAACUUCAUUUUUAAAGGAAGAUAGUUAAGUUAUGCUGUGUGAGAACAUACCUGCCACCCUCACUGUGCGGGUUCUGUUCAUUAGCCAAUUUGCCGCCCACCUAACUACAUAGGAAUCAGUUUGGAGCUCAUUUAACUUAAUUGUGUUAACAUGUGGUACAGUAUCAAAUGCUUUGGCAAGGCCAAUAUAUGCUGUAUGGACAGCUUAACCCCUGUUCAUGGCUUGUAGUACUCUGUCAAAGUUUAUCCGAUACGUUAAAGAGGAUCCACCCUUAACAAAAUCAGUCUGCUGGAGGGGGGGAUCAAAACUUAUCAAAUUUUUAAUGUCAUAGUUUAUCAGCUCAGUUAUGAGCCAUUCCAUGGCCUUACAGACAAGUCUUGUCAGGCUAAUGGGUCUGUAGUUUCUGGGGUCUUUGGUGGGGCCAGGAAGGUUAAUUGCCAGCAUUUCACAAUAUGCUGUGGUAAAGUAAUGGCAGGGUUCAAGAUGUAAUUACCUGGGAUGAGUGCUUAAAUCCUGAUUGUAUGAGUGAAAUCAAAUUAGAAUGAUGUGACUAUUUAAAAAAUGAUGCAGUCUUAUGUGUGUAAGACCUGAGCAUACACCAUGACAAGAUGCAAUUAAUUAAUUGUCUGAAACAGAAUAAAUGGUAUUACAUUGACAUGUAAAUGCAGUAACUUUGGAGGUCUCACAUGGAUAACUUUUGAACUUUGUGUUGUAGCUUUCUUGCAGGUGACAAACACUGGUUCUUUAAAAACACAUUAGGAAGAAUGUUUAUUUAAACUAAAUUGAGUAAAGAGGCUAUUACUGCCCUUGUUAAGGGCAGAGUAUAAAAGUGUCAUAAUGACUACCACCUUGGAAUUAUGUGCUUAUUCAAUAAAGGUGUGGCACCAGUA